AUGGCCCUGAAGACUGGAUUAAUGGAGAUCACAUCUAAUAUCUACAAGACCAAAAUGAUUGGCGCGUUCAAACAGACUGAAGACAUUUCAUCACGAAAUUUUUUUAAGGAUAUAAAUAUUGAACAGCAUCAAAACUAUCUUCUAAAAGAAGAAACUGAGAAAUCUAACGAAACCUUUAUCGAAACCAGCCCAACGUGUGAUUUAAAUUGUAUUUAUUACAGUUUCAUAAAAGAAAAAUUCAGAAUUGCGUUCAAUGGAAUUCUGCUUUCGUACUUCAGUAAAAGACCUAAUGAUGGAAACAGAGGUAAUGAAAGCGUAGAUGUUACAGCAGAGAAAGAUAAUGCUUUGAAUAAAUAUAAAACGCGCUUAGAGGCAAUCAAAAAGAUUUUGAGAGAGAAAAGGGCUAAAAUGAAAACCCUCGAAUCGGAAGGCAAACCUAAUAAGUCUUGA